CGCUCUUUGGCUCAGUAAUAAAACUGCGCUAGUGCAAGGAAGUUCACACUGCACUUUAAACCUACAGGCUGCACAAUGGCGAGCAGAUCCAUAUCCCGUUUAGCACAGUGGUGCUCCCGAAUAUUUAUGGUGGAAAUCAACCAGAAGACGGAGCCGAUUUAUUUCGCUUUAAGCUCAAAACCAAGUGCGCUGAGCCCUGAGCUGGAUGCGCUUUUCGGGAGCGGAAAGCUGUUUUCAGUGUGCGCGCAGUGCGACGGCAGAGUGCAGAGCGCGCGCUCUCACGCGCAUCUUAAACGCGCCCUGGCUGAAAAGCUGCCCCCCGGAUGUGACCUUUUGGAUGCGGCUUUCUUCCUCCCCGACGUUAAAAACUCGUUCGUGAGGGGCUUGUUCGUGCGCGAUAACUCCGCGCUGUACUCUGCGGAGCGGGUUGUGAAUCAACUCCGGCAGAACGGCUCGGUCGCGUCCGUGCUCGCGUACACGCGCGGGAACAGCGGCGAUUGCGCGUGCUCGAUUGUGAGCGACGAGCCUGCGGAGCGCAAACGGCGCUAUUACGUAACACCUGUUCCCGUGCCACUGCGUCAUCCCGCAACACUCAACAUUAUAAACUCAGACGUGUUCUACCGACUGGAAGACGCUUGCAAAGUGCUUCAAGAGUGUAAUGAUGUCAUACCAGAAUCCAAGGCGGUGUUGGAGCUGGUGGAGGAGCAAAAAUUGGAGUCAGUCAGCAAUCAUGCUAAAAGGUUUCCAGUUAUUGUGAUAGAAGGACUGGAUGCUACAGGCAAAACUACUCUGACCUGUAGCCUGCAGAAGGCCUUGGGUGCAGUUCUGCUCAAAUCCCCUCCUCAGUGCCUAGGCGACUUCAGACAACGCUUUGAUGCAGAGCCACCACUCAUUCGCAGGGCAUUCUAUGCCCUUGGGAACUACAUCACUGCAGCACAGAUAGCCAGAGAGUCAGCGCACGCUCCUGUGAUUACAGACAGGUAUUGGCAUAGCACUGCAGCAUAUGCAAUAGCCACUGCAGUGAGUGGGCGAGAGGAGAACCUCCCAGCUGUUGGCUCAGAGAUCUAUGAGUGGCCGUCUGACCUGCUGAGACCCAGCUUGGUCCUGCUGCUCAGCGUCAACCCCGAGGAGAGGCAGCGCAGGCUCGCAAACAGAGGCCUCGACAAGACCGAGGAGGAAAGCCAGCUGGAGAUCAAUCACCUGUUCCGUUGCAAAGUGGAAGAAGCCUACAAAAGAAUUCAGAACCCUGCCUGUAUCAUUGUGGAUGCCAGUCCCAGUCCAGACCAUGUGCUCCAAGAAGUGCUGUGUUUAAUUAAAAACAAAUGCAAUUUGUAAAACCCGGGCCACUACUAAUGUUCAUAGACGUUGCAAUACAUUUUAGCUCCACUAGAUGGUAGUAUAAUCAUAAUCUUUCCACUCCCACUGAAAAAGUCGCAAGUCCUAAACUGCAAUGGCGGCACUAGAGGUUAAUGGCUAAUGGCCAGCCGGCAUCAAAAUCCUGUAUCCUGACAUGUCACAACCUGUUCACGUCCCACAGAGUAACACUGAUGACACGAGAGAGAAAGUUAUUAUGAAUGCUGGGACGAGAUGUCAACUCCCAUAUACAGGGUUAUAGCCUUGCAUGUUCCAUACACUCUGUGUUAUGUUUCCCCCCCUCACACCGGAGCUAGGAAAGGCUCAGUGAAUUCAUCAAUCACUUCAAUUAGAUUUCUGCACAAGGGCCCAUUGUUGGUCAGCUCAGCAUUCACUCCUCCGAGAGUUCAGAGAGCACGCCACAUUAAGAGCUAUCAGGGCCUUGCGGGCCAGUAAAUUCCACCAGUUGUGGGUGUUUUGUUUCUGAGCAUUAAUAAAGAGCAAUCCUGUAGGAAAGUUAUUUUAUUUCCCCCUGCUGUUUAGUGUGGGACAUACUUUCCACUCAGCCUUUAAAAGCAAAAUGUGAUUUGGUGCUAGAUACAAUAUGUGCUUUCUAAAAAUGUGUUCAGAUCAAAUUAUAUAUUUCCUGGUUCGUUUACAAAUAUUGGAAGAUUCCUCACCAUGGAACUGAUGUACACAUCAUCAUUUAACGGUGCACACCACUAUUAUUAAAGCUCUUUAAGGCAAGAAGUAAAUAGUUUAACAUUGUCGGCUGACUAAACUAUUUGUCGGUAAUGCCAUUUAUAUUUUUCCCUGUUGUUCUUUAUUAUUUUAUUUACAAUGCAAUGCAGUUACAAUGUAAAAUAAUUACUGUGUAAUAAAAUUCAAUGAUUAAUUUAUGAAAGUGCAAUGUAAGCUUCAAACAUUUGAUUAUUGCUGUUAUUACCACAAUAAAGCUUUUA